CUAUUAGAAAAAAUAAAAGAGAAAAAAUUUGAAGAAAAAAAAAAACAGAAAAUAUUUGUUUUGUUCUCUUGUUCACUCAUCACCAGUGUUUCUUUACUCCCAAAAAAAGAGUGCUUCUUCUUUCAUUGUUCUCUGUUAUAACAUAAUGGGAGUUCCAGAGAAGGAUCCUCUCUCACAGUUGAGUUUACCUCCUGGUUUCAGAUUCUUCCCCACUGACGAGGAGCUUCUGGUUCAGUACCUCUGCCGCAAAGUUGCUGGACACCAUUUUUCUCUCCCAAUCAUUGCCGAAAUUGAUUUAUACAAAUUCGAUCCCUGGGUUCUUCCAGGCAAAGCGAUAUUUGGUGAGAAAGAAUGGUACUUUUUCAGUCCUAGGGAUAGAAAAUAUCCGAAUGGUUCUCGACCCAACAGAGUUGCUGGAUCGGGUUACUGGAAAGCCACAGGAACUGACAAAAUCAUCACAACUGAAGGUAGAAAAGUUGGAAUAAAAAAAGCACUUGUUUUCUAUAUUGGCAAAGCACCAAAGGGUACAAAAACUAAUUGGAUUAUGCACGAGUAUCGUCUUCUUGACGCAACAAGAAAACAUAACCUUGGCAGCUCCAAACUAGAUGAUUGGGUUCUGUGUCGCAUAUACAAGAAGAAUUCAAGCUCGCAAAAGGAAGUUCUGACAUUUUCGAGCAAAGAAUACAGCAACGGGUCGUCGCCUUCAUCGUCGUCCCACGUGGACGACAUGGUGGACUCGUUCCCAGAAAUCGACGACCGGAGCUUUGCACUACCGCGUGUGACAUCGCUCCGAAUGCUUCAACAGGAGGAGAAGCUCGGAUUUCACAACAUGGAUGCCGGAAUAUUUGCGGAUUGGGUUAAUCCGACGGAUCUGGAGUCAAUACCCGAAUUUGAUUCAGACUAUAACACGCAGGGGACAUUCAAUUUCAAUUUUAAUGACCAUACUGUCCCUUCGGUGCCGCCGUUUGGUUACAUGGAGUUAACGACGGCAUGCAGGAAAGCCGCCGAGGAAGAGGUUCAAAGCGGGAUGAGGACCCAGCGGGUUACCGAGACUUCCGGAUUAUAUCAGCAUAAUUCAAAUAUAUUUUUAUCGGGUUUGGGUGACCCGUUUGGGUUUAACUAUUCGGGUCACUAAUUAUGUUGUGUGAACAUAGUAAUGAACAGUGCACUGCAUAUGUGCAAAUAAUUGGGGAUUCUUUUUGGCUAUUCAAUUUGACGGUUUGUUGCGGUUACCAAAAAUAGAAAGAGGAAUAUGCAGUUUUGGUCAUUGUGCAGCUGUACGCAUGAAAAUAUACAAUGAAUCCAAUUCGUGAAUGAACUGCAGAGAAAGUAAAUAUGCAAUGGUGCAUGAACCAAUUUGUACAGAAAAAAGUGGUUCUGUUUGCAUGACAUUAAUUUGGCUGUAGCAGGCGCAUUCGGCUCAAACAUACGAAACACGUUGUGCCCAAAAACAACUCAAAAAGUUUGGUUUAGAUUCACGUGAUAAAUUAAUAUUAAUAUUUUAUAUUAAUAUCUCCAUUCUCAAAUGUAAUAUCUAUAGAUAAAAUUAUGAAAAUUAAAAGAGUUGUUAGUUGUA